ACCACACCGGAGCCAGAGAAAUAUCUCCUUCGCUUUUGCACUUUUCUUUUGGGGGGUCCCCGACACGUCACAGCACAGCACCGCUGCUCCCCCGGCGAUGGCCUGCGGCGGCGGCGGCGAGUCUGAGGCGGAGCGGCGGGCAGAGCUGCUGCGCGAGAUAACGGAGGAGGGCGGCUUCGCUUUCGUCGCCUCGGCGGAGAAGGCGGCGGCGGGGGACCUGCGGGCGGCGGAGGCGGCGCGGGAGAUGGCGUGGGAGCAACUCCACUCGGGGCCCUGGAGCGAGGUCGGCAGCGCGUGGAGGGACGCCUACGCGCUCGCCUGCCUCCACGUCGCGCGCCUCCGCCGGGCCGCCGCCGACCGCCGCGCCGCGCUCCGGGCGCUCGACAUGGGGCUCAUCAUGGGGGGAAACCUCCUCCGCGCCGAUCUCGAGGCCGCCCUGGCCUCCAUCGCCGCGGAGCCGAGCGACGGCGAAGGUGACGGCGCGGAGGCUGUCGAUGAGGAAGCCAAUAGGUGGAGGGAAGGGCUCGACAGGAACCGUGACAUCGCCGAUGCCCUCAAAAUUCUUCCAACAAAGUCUUUAUCUUGUAAGGAAAUCGCAAGACGAUCGUGUAUAUCUUUGGAGGAGUUUAUAUGUGAUCACUUUUUACCUGAGACCCCUGUUAUAAUCAGUGGCUGCAUCGAUCAUUGGCCUGCGAUGACAAAAUGGAAGGACAUCCAGUACCUAAAGAAGAUUGCUGGGGAUCGGACUGUUCCUGUUGAGGUUGGGAAGAGCUAUGUUUGCAGUGAGUGGAAGCAGGAGCUUAUCACGUUCUCCCAGUUCCUUGAGAGGAUGUGGUCAACCGCCUGUCCUUCAAAUUUGACAUAUCUAGCUCAGCAUCCAUUAUUUGAGCAGAUAAAAGAGCUUCAUGAAGACAUAAUGGUUCCUGACUACUGUUAUGCUGGUGGAGGGGAACUCCAAUCACUUAAUGCUUGGUUUGGUCCACACGGGACAGUGACACCAUUGCACCACGACCCGCAUCACAACAUUUUAGCUCAGGUCUUGGGCAGGAAGUAUAUUAGACUCUAUCCUGGUUCUGUAUCCGAAGACUUAUACCCACACACAGAAACUAUGUUAAGCAAUACUAGUCAGGUACAGACAAUCUGUUCUGACAAGUUACAUGUUGGAAAGGAAGAAUACCCUUACAGAUCAUCACAGCGGUGGAUCUUGACAACAUAGAUAUGGAUGAGUUCCCAAAGGUAGAAAACCUUGAUUUCAUGGACUGCAUAUUGGAGGAAGGUGACAUGCUGUAUAUUCCUCCGAAAUGGUGGCAUUACGUCAGAUCUCUUUCGAUUAGUUUCUCCGUUAGCUUUUGGUGGCGUACAACAGUUAUAAGUCCGAGCGUGUAAUGAAAACAUUUUGGUCUUUGAUACAUCAGGACCGGAUCUCAGGACUCAGGAACUUGGUAAGCCUGACUGGACACAUUGUUUCAACAUUCUGUCGCCCACUGUUGCGUGGAUGUAGUCGUUUGUACCUACGAUUGCAGAUGUACGUGGUUAUUUUUACUAUGAUUAUUUUGGACAUUUAAUUGCUGUUAUUGCAGAUGAACACUGUUACCUAUACUAUAAUUAUUUUGGACAUUUAAUUGCUGCUAAACGCCUAAACCUUUA